CCGGCAAACUCGAAGCAUCAUCUUGCAGGUCAUGCUGCGUCUCUCGCUUCUUCGCUCGCUCUCGACCAAGGCGCCCAAGGUGCAGCACAGCGCCAAGCUUGCGGGACCCGGCCUCGCCGACUUUAUCCGUGAGAGCCAAGGCCCCGUCGACGAUGCGCGCAUCCAGGAGGCGAGCACGGUGAACGUGCCAUCCAAGGUGCGCGAGCUCUCGGAGCUCAGUGCGCCCAAGUCGUUCCACAUCGAGACGUACGGCUGCCAAAUGAACUCGUCCGACUCGGAGAUCGUCCGCGCGAUCCUGCUCAAGCACGGGUACGUCGACAAGCCGUCGAGUGAAGACGCCGACAUUGUGCUCCUCAACACGUGCGCGAUCCGCGAGAACGCCGAAGCCAAGAUCUGGCGCCGCCUCGACGUCAUGAAGCAGAACAAGGUCAAGGUCCAGCGCUACUGGAAGCGCAUGCAAAAGAACAAACCGCUCGAGAUACCGCCGACCAACACGACGAUCCAAACCGUCGGUGUGCUCGGCUGCAUGGCCGAGCGCCUCAAGACCAAGCUCCUCGAGUCGGACAAGAUGGUCGACCUCGUCGUCGGCCCGGACGCGUACCGGGACUUGCCCAACCUCUUGGACGUGCUCACGAAUGGCAGCCAAGACACGGCCGUCAACGUGCAGCUGUCGCUCGACGAGACGUACGCCGACAUUGCGCCCGUGCGGUCCGACGUCGACAACCCCGCAGCGUUUGUCUCGAUCAUGCGCGGCUGCAACAACAUGUGCUCGUACUGCAUCGUGCCCUUUACGCGCGGCCGUGAACGCUCGCGGGACCUGGCGUCGAUUGUCGGCAACGUCCAGCAGCUCCGUGACGAAGGCGUGCGCGAGAUCGUCCUCCUCGGCCAGAACGUCAACUCGUGGCACGACCGACAGACCGAAGGUGCGACCGAAGAAGGCCGUGCGUAUGUGUCGGCGACCGGGUUUCAAAACAUGUUCAAGGCCCGUGACGCCAAGGGCUUUCGGUUCGCGGAUCUUCUCGACCGCGUCUCGGCCGUCGACCCCGAGAUUCGCAUCCGCUUCACGUCGCCGCACCCCAAGGACUUUCCGGAUGACGUGCUCCACCUCGUGAACGAACGCGCCAACAUUUGCAAGUCGAUUCACAUGCCCGUGCAGCACGGCAACACCGAGGUGCUGGCACGCAUGCGCCGCGGGUACUCGCGCGAGGCGUACUUGGCCCUUGUCGACAACAUGCGCAACUUGAUUCCGGGGGUCGCGCUCUCGUCGGACUUUAUCGCUGGCUUUUGCGACGAAACCGAGGCCGAACACGAGGACACGCUCUCGAUCAUGCGCCACGUGUGCUUUGACCACGCCUUUAUGUUUGCCUACUCGAUGCGCGCCAAGACGCACGCGUCGCACCGCAUGGAAGACAACGUCGAGGAAGCGACCAAGCUCCGCCGCCUCGCCGAAGUCAUCGACACGUACAACACAGUCGUGACGCAGAAAAACCUCGUUGAGGACCAAGAUCGCCUCCACAUUGUGCUGGUUCAAGGCGCCAGCCGCCGCUCGGAGCUCAACCUCACGGGCCUGACCGACACCAACAAGCGCUGCGUGUUUCCUGAUUUGCCGGUCGCGCCGGAAGCCGCGUCGGCCAUGGUCCAUGACGCCGGCCUCGUCGACUUUGCGCCCAUGACGGCCGGGCCGUCGGUGCGGCUCCAGAAGGGCGACUACGUCCUUGUCCGCGUCCACGAAGCCGGUCGCCACACGCUGCAUGCGACGCCGAUCGCACGCACGACGCUCCAAGAGAUGCAUCGCCUAGCGCCCCUCGGGCUCCUUGGGGCGCGUGCGCACGACCUCUCGAAGCUCAUGCUAUAAGCCCGCCGAUACAAACGUGUCCAUAGAAUCUACUAGUUUGUUUCCA